CCAUUUUCUGCUUCAUUUGCGAAUCAACAGGUCUUUUUGAGCGGUUACUCUUCUGCACAUCCACUUAGCACCUCCAUCAAUAUGAGCAAGGUCGAAAGCGUCCUCACGGACAAGGCGCCGAAGCCACUCCCCCAAUUCUCUCAGGCGAUCAAGUACAACGGCCUGGUCUACUGCUCAGGCAACAUCGGGCUUGACCCAGCGACCUUCACAGCCGUCCCAGGGACUGUCAAGGACAGGACGAGACAAGCCCUGAAGAACCUCGAGGCUGUCCUUGAGGCAUCCGGCAGCAGCAUAAAGAACGUGCUCAAGGUCAAUGUCUACAUCACUACAAUGGACGACUUCGCCACCAUGAACGAGGCAUAUGAUGAAUUCUUCACCUUUGAGCCGAAGCCUGCCCGGACUUGCGUUGCUGUCAAGCAGCUGCCGUUCAACACCGACGUUGAGAUUGAGUGCACGGCGGUAUUGCCAGGAUCGUCAUCCAAGCUGUAAAGGGAAUUCUGGGAACGAGUAAGCCACUGCGGGGCCACAGCAUCUAUGCAGCGAUACCGUUUUGGCAGUGUUGGUCGUGUAAUCAAUGACCUGGGGAGUGCUCUCCGUAUGGGAGAAGCGGGUAGGCACUAAUAAUAAUCAAGCCACACACGGGCGACUGCAUGUUGA